AUAUUGAAACAGAUGUUGAAAUAGGUGUUAAAAUGGAUAUUGAAAUAGACAUUGAAGAUAAUAUUAAGAUGACUCAAAGUGAAGAAAACAAUAAUGAAAUAAAUAAUAAUGCAGGAUUUCCAUUGGCUAAGGGGUGGGUGCUAAAAGAAAACCAAAAAUUAGGCAAUAGAGGUGGGAAUAGAAUAAAAAAAAAUGUAAAAGCUAUAUUAAAACAUUUUUUCUUAAAUGAAAAUCAAAAAAGUGCAGAUAGAAUAAAUGCUAAAAAUAUGCACAAGGAGCUUUUAAAAUAUGCUGAAAAUGGUGAUAUCAAAAAGGAGAACAUUCCAGAAAUUAUCACAAUAGAUAAUUGA